UCAGGACUGCGCUUCUUACACGAAAACUACGACCCCCGUUGUUGGUAUUGGGAACUAGUGGAGACAGUUCGAAAGGUUAUUUUGACAUCUGGAUUGAUCCUUCUUGGUGGCGAGAGCAGAGCUUACAUUGCGCUAGCAUUGCUUUUAUCUGGACUGUACGGGAUGUAUUUCGGGCUAAAAAAGCCCAUAAGUGAUCGAUUCGAAAACAACCUUAUGCUGUCUUCACUUGCCGUUACGUUCGUAAACCUUGCAAUAGGAGCCGUGAGCACAAUCCCGAGUGAAGGUUUUUCGACAACAGUCGACCCAAUCGUGGAUACUCUGGUGUUCAAUGGCUUGGUCUUUGUUGCCAACACCUUGGUUAUUGGAGUCCUUGUCGGUAAGUUAUCAUCAUGCAUUCUAUUCUUCUGUCACACAAUCCCUUUACAUUUAACAGUCAGGUUCAUACCUUAACUGGGCACCAGACUGAUUUACUUGGUAAAAGUUCUUGCAAUGAAAGAUACAUAGCUUACUUCAUAAUUAAUGAGUGCGCACGAUUCACGAGUUGUACUGAGCGAACCAUAGCAGUGAUAAUCUGAAGUAAUUUGCUCAUUAAAUGAGUACUAAGAUAUAACGAAAGUUCUUUUUCUUUUUUUACUUUUAAUCACGACCAAAUCAAAUAGGCCUUGGAAAGGUCUUCUUAGCUCAUUCCUCUACGAAGAGCGAUAUACUUGCACUUGUGGGCAAAACUAGCUUAAUUAAAACGAGGUUACAGGAUAUUGCCAUUUUUAAGUUUAAAAUCAACAAAACGUUAUUACCGACAAAUACAUCGCAACUCUUUCGUCGCUCACAGGUAGAUUAUUAUAUACCAAGAGCAGGAACUGUUACAUACGGAAAACACUAACUUAGGUUUUUCGACCCCACUUAACGGUCGAAGUUAGGUAUGAGCGAUAGAAACGAGAUAUCAUUAAAGAAAAUCAUAGACAGCAUAAAUAAAAAGGACUUGGAGAGGGCAGGGGGUUAAUUCAAGAAGAAACAUGCAAGGGAUGUUAAUUAUGCGUGACUUACGUCAGUAUAAAAGUAGAUGUGAAGUAUUGCAAUAAGAUUAUUUAGAAACCCUCAUCUUAGAUAGCUGAUAAUUAAUCCAGAUUUGGACUGAAAUGGAUUUUCAGAAGCCGAUAUCUUUUAUUAACUACUUUAAAUAACAUUUAUAUGUUAACAAUUUUUGAAAUAAUUAGUUUAGCUAUGGUAAUAAAUCUUAAUAUUAUACUGAUAACUAAUUUUCACGUAAAAGUAUUCCCGAUUAGUGGGCCUCCUUAGGGAUGCUAGAAGACCUAAUUACACUUAAUUAAAGUUGUAUCUAUGUUGUGUAUGUGUGUAUGUAAGUAUGUAUGUAUGUAUGUAUGUAUGUAUGUAUGUACGCUCUAAAAAGCGGAAAAACCGAUACCAUCUUUGUUGUUUAGAGAAAAAUUCGUAUGCGGCGCGUAAUUGUUCAUACAACAUUUUUCACUUGUGAGAAAAACCGUUUGACCAGUCAGGUUGUUUUUGCUUUGUUUAGAGUCAAUCUCGGUACUUUUGAAAUAAAAUAAUGUAACGACCUCUGAGUCUAUUUCAAAAUUAUGAAGUUUUCUAUUUUUUUUUUCAAUGUAUUACUAACGCUUCACCUGAAUUAGAAAAAUGCUAAACGAUUUUAUCCACGUGAUAUACCUUUUUAUCACCAGUUAGAUGAUAAUAUUGUAGUAAUCCCCUGUAUAUACUUACUGCCUUUGUGGCACUGCAAAUGAAGAACAAAUGAAAGGUAAACACGAGAAAUUUAAAAAAAGACACUCUGAUGGUGAUAGUACCGUACUGUGAUAUGAUCCGAGAAAGGGUUAACCCUUUAAGUCCCAAUAUCCACAUACAAAUUCUCCAAACGGAUCUCUAUAUAUUUCCUUAAAGAAUGAGUUCAGAGAAUUUGAUAAAAGAUCAAACAUUUUCUCUUAGCUGAUCAUUUUAUUAAUUCUCAUAACCUAAUCUCUUGACAAUGUAUGUUUAUCGUUAUGAGAAAAUUGAUGUUGGUCACUAUUGGGACUUAAAGGUUUAAAAACAUAGUAAGGUACCUUCAAACUUUGUUUCAAAACAUUCUGCAAUAUUAUUUUACUUCUUUAGCACUUCGGGUAUUUUACCUUUAAUUGUUAAAGGUAAAAUUUCCCGUCUAAUUUUUUAGACGGGAAAGGAUCCCGAAAUCGGGCGGUUAAGGUUAGCGGUUGACUGUUUCAAUCAAUUUAAAAUAAAAACUUCAAAUUCUCCAGGGGGCUGCUAUACGUGUAUCAGUGUUUGGAUGUCCAUUCAAGUCAAUCAACUGAAAUGAAAGCGAAAGUUAAACUACGAUGUAUUUUGAGGCAUUCUAAUAUCCGACUCAUGCAGGAGGUCAGAGUGACUAAAGGCUCAUUUCUCUAGACUGUAGAGUCUCGUUAACUCUUGACGCGUUGAAUCUACGACUGAUCUGAUCAAUAUAUGUAUACAUUCUUAAGGCCGACUCCAGUGUCGUAGUGAACUAAGCAUAUAAUUUAGAAUCAUUAAAAGAAAAACAGAAACUUCGUGCUUACACGAAAAUUUAUGAACACCUAUCCGGUGUGACUCUCCGCGGCUUUCGAGAUUUGCACCAGCUACACUCUGUUGCAGAAAUCGCUCAGUUCUUUCAAGGCUUUUUGUGAAAACAGAUAGUUUUUUUAGUCAUUAUCACCAUUGUACUGUUCUCGUGCAAGUAACCGCCUUCAGGUCUUUCCUCUGUGAUGAAAGGUUAAUAUAAAUUGGAUCUAUAAAGGCCAAGUUUUAAUUUGAACGAGUGUUUAUUUUGUUUCAGUGCAAUAUCUGGUGUAUCUUUACCACUUUGUAAAAGAAUGGCGCAAGCAUCCAAAGUGGUCAUUCUCCUGCUGCCUGGCCUUGCUAUUGCCACUUAAUCAACUACAAGGAGAGAUACGCGGAUUAACUGGGAAAAACAUACUAAAUCAGCAACUGCAAACUGGUGACAUCGAGUUGCCAACCAUUGCAAGUACUUUAAGGGAGAGUGGGGCAGUUGAUGUUACUCUU